UUGAAAAGUGCAAAGGGCGCACUACGGACAAACUAGCUGCGAAUGUGAAAGGGCACAGCACAUGGUUCUAUGUGGUUCCUGGAGUUGAUCAACCGUAUAAACAUAAAGUAUUAGAGCCAUUUGGCCCUCACCUACUGUUCAUAAACUUAGGUUGCUCACGAGCAAGAUGUAACGCUAGGUUGGAACUUGGCCAGGUGUCGAUAGCAAAUUAGGUGUUUUGUUUUGUGCUCCAAUCGCUCGGUUUCAUAACUUGCGCUAUCUCCCGAAUAAGAGCCUCAAGUCACGUCCAAAGUAUGGAAUCUGAGUUGUGGCUGAGCUGUGAGAAGACUGCCGUGCUCCAGGGAGGGUUUCUACUGGCGGAGAAGCUAUCUGGUGCUGGGAAGCUGUCUGACCUCAGGAAGGAGGACUGGGCGACAGUGGGUCACCCUGUCCGGCAGGCCGUCAUUAGCAUCUGUGGAGAAGGUCGUGGGGGCAGCCAAGACCAAGUCCUCUGGAGAAAGAGGAUCGUCUGUGUCCUGUGGCGCAAGCUACUGGAAACGGAAGACGGGAAGGACAUUGACUCCGCGUGGAGAGAGAGCCCUUUUUUCUCAGUGCAGAACGCCCUCCCCCAGGUCAGCCGCGUGGUGCUGUACGAGUUGAUCAAGUCGACGGGCUUCUCCCAAGUGUAUGUCGAGUUGCUGCUGUGCUUCCCGGAGGCGGGCCUGUGCUCAGAGCUGGCUAGGCUGGCCAAGCACAUCGUAGCCGAAAACACAAAGGAGGACACUGAGCUCCUCCUAGACGUGUGGUGGGACUUGUGGAAGGCCCGUGGCGGGCAGGAGCACGCCCUGGAUCAGCUCUUUGCGUCGCAGUGCGGCAGCUACGCAACGCCCCGCUCUCAGCGCUCACGCCAGGCCACCCAGAACGUCGAGCCUGGUCCGCGGCAAUCUCGGACCUUCCCUUGUGUGCAGUCCAUCCUGUUCAGUGCAAUUGAGGCAGUUAAUCAUGACGCGCUGUCCUUGGACGUGUGUCGUUUUGCCCUGUCCGUCUCCCUGGACACGUUCUACACGUCGUUCUUGCUCGACCGCGCGGAGGACGGCAGCCCCGAGCAGUAUCUUCAGAGCCUUUCGAGGGCGGUGUGCGUGAGACGACGGCAAGCUGGCCCGGAGGGCCGCGACUUGACGGAGAUCAUCAGAGAGGCACAGCGAGAGCUCGCCGCCACACGCAGACCGGCGCGGUUCAGGCCGCACAGCGUGACUCUGAUGGACGCCGUGCGUACCGUCUCGACCAUUUGCCGGGCCUGGGGGGAGCGGGGGCUGUUGAAGGUGCCGGAAAGUGACGCUCCCCGUGAAAAUGUCCUCGGUCUGGCGGGGAGUUUGCGCCGAGUAAUCGGAGCCGUGGAGGAAGGCACAGCAACCGAGGCGCUGACUGAAGCCGAGAGGCGGGACGUGGAUGAAAUGUGUCGUACUUUGAGGGACCUUGCAGAGUCCCUUCCUGUCCCCGACCUCCAGUGUGACUCUGUGGACAUGGCCCAUGUAGCUGUUGCCGUCAUCGAUCAGCGUCUAGACCGAUACCAAGAUAUCGUUUGUGUGUUUGCCUCUGAAUUAAAUUGGGCUUUAAGUGGCAAUGAGUGGAUUAACUGCCUGAAGAGAAAUAAAGACGCCUUUCUGCACAAAGACCUGGUUCUGAAGUUAAUCUCCGUCCUAGUGGCCAAAUGCCAAAUGAACACGGAUAUCGUGCAGUGUAAACUGCUGAAGGAAAUUAUUUUGGAUGUUUUCUCUGAGCUUCCACUACCAGGCAAGAAUGAGAGCCUGGCUGCAGUGCUUGGUUCCUGGGGAAACGGUGGGCUGAACGGGACUCUGCCCCUUGCCAUGUCUGAGGGCUUCAGUGAGGAGCUAAACUUGUCUUUCAACAGCCUCAUUCAGAGUCGGGCAGAGUCCGGCUUGGGCCUUGCGGUGUCUGCCGUGGCCCGGGUUGCCCUACAGGACCCUGAAGCCACCCUGAGCAGAUGCUGUCAUAUGGCUGUCAUGAACCUGGGAGCUGAAGCUCUCCUGGCCCAAGUCCUCCAGCAGCUUCCUGGGCUGAUUUAUCCCCAGGGCUCCGGUGCAGAGGGGCGGAGCCUGGCUCGUGGGGGGCUGCUGUGCAGCUGUCUACAGGAGGCGGUUCAGGGCAAGCUGGCUACACCCCAAGAGGAGGGGCAGUUCCUCAACUUCCUUGCCGCCUUAAUGAAUUUCAAGGUGGUGGCGAGCGAGACCGAAGAGGAAGAGCUGAGUUUGUUGCCCCCCGAAAAUGUGGUUUGUUCCUUUGUCCUGCCUUACCUUACCGCCUCUUCCCCUCACUCCUGUAGCUUGGAACUGUGCCUGCAGGUGCUUCACUCUGCCCUGAAGCAGGGAGAACGCAUCGGCUCUGCUCAUUGGCUGAUGAGCUGCAGCCCUUUCCCCCUCCUCGCUGCUCUCUGUCAACUCCUGAAUGACAGCUACGCCUGUUGGGAGGAGCCAGUGGAGGGCAGCCGUUACGUGUCGAUUGAGUCAAAGGAGCUGCUCAUUGGUGCUCUGAAGGUGAUUGACGGGUUGGUUGGCAGGGAGGUGGCUGCAGCCCCUGGCGUCUGGUCUAGAGCAGUCUUCUGGCUCCACAGUAAACUGGAAGGGCUCGACUGGACCGUCUACUUUCAUCUGAGGUCGAUCUUGGGCGGGCACUUCAAGAACGAGGGUCCAUGUUCCCUGUUUGCCGUGUGUGAGCUGUCGGAACGGGAGUGGUCUGGGCUGGAGCUGCUCCAGUACGGCCAGGGCACGGGCCUUCUGGCCUGGGUGGAGUGUUGCUGCAUGCCUGGCCUACGUGAGACCAUGCUGAGCGGCCUGGCUCUGGACCAGAGCUGCCCGGACCAGGUCACCAUGUUCGGCAAGGGCCUCCUGGUGGCGGUGACGCAGACGCUGCCCUGGCGCACCCCUGAGGAGUGGCGGACGCUGCUGGGCGCGCUGAGGCAGCUGCUGGAGUCCGGCCGGCUCUACGCGCCGUACUCCCUGGAGUACGUGGACUUCCUCCCGCUGCUCGACCUCCGACCUUUCGCCUGCGAGCUCCGCCUGUCCGCGCUGCUGCUGCGCGUCUUCCAGCUGCUGUGCGGGGCGAGCUGCGAGGGCUGGCUGCCGGCGCGGGGCUGGGCGCACGCGGGGCAGCUCUACGCCGCCGCCGUCCGCGAGACCAUCGCCUCCGUGAAGGGGAAGCUCCCCGUCCCGCCGCCCGCUCUCCCCAGCGGCGCGAGCGCCGGGCAGGAAGGCCUGUUCGUUCUGGCCCAGCUCUUCUGCCACGUGCUGCACGUCCUGGUGAUGCUGCCGGGCGGCGCCGAGCCCCUCUUCCUGUGCGCCCUCGAGACGCUGACUCUGUACCAGUCGCUGACGGCCGCGUAUCCCGCCAGCAGCUCCAGCCUGAACCGUAAAAACACGAAACACUUCUUCGCCACCCUCACGGCCAACCUGGAGAGUGCGGACAUGAGGGCUGCCCUGAGUCAAAAGAUUGCCCAGCUGUGAACCGUUUUCUGAACAUGAGUUUAUUAAGUGAAAAUGAAUUCCCAUGGAAAAAUUAUGACAAAAUUAUGAUAAGCCCCUGCUUUUGUCAUUUUUCUGGUUGUGUAACAACCGGUUAAACAGGUUAUUUAACUGACACAAAAAAAUGGUUUUCUUCUUCGUUUGGAAUGUGUACAUAUGUGCAUGUAUUCAAGAUCCAAAACAUUUCCAUUCAGUCAAAAACGAAACACUGUUAUCAUGACACAAUUGGUUAGAUCAUUUUAAUUUUAGGCUUCUGCACUAAAAUCAGAAUAUUGAUUUUACAGCCGAAGUAUUCAAAUGAACUCCUCAAACGAGACCUUUACCCUUAUUAGAUCAGCCACAGCACACUGCUCUUUUGCCCUAUAUACACAGUAUCUGCCAGUUUUUAAAAUAACAGACUGUCACCACCACCCAUUGAUCCUUGCAUCCAUUGAGAGGGGGGGUUGUGCUUUGAUGUUGUCAGUGACGUGUCAACAGUUUCAUUGGCAUGAGUUUGUCAGUAAACUUUUGGUUGGGGGCUUUGUAAAAACCCUACUUGGGCUUUCAUAGAAUUGACUUGUUUACAGAUAUUUUUAAUAAGUGGUCUAAAUCGAAAUGGAAAGGGAAAGCUUCAGAACAUGUGCUUCAGAGCACUUUGGCAUAUGUCACCCAUUCUUGUGUACAAAUUAUUUCAUUUGUUGAUGCAUCUUAUUGGCCUGUGUGAUUUCAGUUGUCACUUCUCUCAGUGAAGGUUUUUUCUUUCUUUUUUACUUUGCAUGUAAAGCUUUUUACUGUUUUACAAUUGGCUUAAAUAAAUUGUUUCUGAAAUUA